UGUUUGGUCCUCGGCGGCCGCCGUCUGAGACCCCUUCUGCGGCCAUGGAGGCUGGAGCUGGGCAGUGAGCGUGGAGCGGCGGGAUUUAGACACGCGUCUGGGAGCACGUGUGAACAAUGAGUGACAUUCGCCUUUCUUUGUUGCGCCGCGACGCCUUGAGUGCCGCGAAGGAAGUGCUCUAUCACCUGGACAUCUUCUUCAGCAGCCAGCUGCAAAGCGUGCCGCUGCCCAUCGUGGACAAGGGCCCCGUCGAGCUGCUGGAGGAGUUCGUCUUUCAGGUGCCCAAGGAACGCGGCUCCCCUGCUAAGAGACUGAACUCGCUUCAAGAGCUUCAGCUGCUGGAGAUCAUGUGCAAUUAUUUCCAGGAGCAGAGCAAGGACUCUGUCCGGCAGAUCAUUUUCUCCUCCCUCUUCAGCCCUCAAGGGAACAAAGCCGAUGACUGCAGAAUGACUUUGCUGGGCAAGCUUGUCUCAAUGGCAGUAGCCGUGUGCCGAGUGCCUGUCCUGGAAUGUGCAGCUUCAUGGCUGCAGCGAACCCCAACAGUCUACUGCGUGAGGCUGGCCCAGGCCUUAGUGGACGACUACUGCAGUUUGGUGCCAGGUUCCAUUCAAACCCUGAAGCAAAUAUUCAGUGCCAGCCCUCGCUUCUGCUGCCAGUUCAUCACUUCGGUCACCAUGCUUUAUGACAUGUCCUCAGAUGACCUCAUCCCCCCUCCGGACUUGCUAGAAAUGGUUGUUUCUUGGAUCUUUGAAGACCCACGUUUGAUCCUAAUCACCUUCUUAAAUACGCCCAUUGCAGCUAGCCUGCCAAUAGGAUUUUUGGAGCUCACCCCUCUUAGUGGCUUGAUCCGCUGGUGUGUGAAAGCCCCCCUGGCUUACAAGCGGAAAAAGCCUGCCCUGGCAAACGGCCACCCCAACGGCAAGCUUGCCAAGAGCUCAGCUCCAGCCUCUGAUCAAGACUGUCAGCCCUUGUACUCCAAACUGCACCUGAGCGUCCUUCAGGUCUUGAUGCUGCUGCAGGGGCACUUAACGGAGAAGAAUCUAUAUGGCCGCCUGGGACUGGUGCCCUUUGACCAUGUGGUGUCUCUCGUGGAUGAAAUUAGCAGGCUCUCUGACGAACUCAAUCCGUUGAAUGCCUCCCAAGAGGUGGAGCUGGCUCUCGACCGGCUGGCUCAAGCCCUGCAGGUGGCCAUGGCAGCUGGAACAUUUCUGUGCACGAGAGAGGACCUAAGGACAGUCUGCUCCAGACUACCACACAACAACCUGCUCCAGCUGGUGAUCUCUGGUCCAGUCCAGCAGCCAGCACAUGCUGCCCUGCCGCCAGGGUUCUAUUCCCCCAUCCAUACGCCUCCACUGGGAUAUCCAACUCAUGCAGCACACCCUGCAAUCCCAGCACAUCCGGCUCUUCCGGCCCACCCCGUACAGACUUUCAUACCAGGCAUGGCAUUUCCCUACCGGCCCAUCCACUAAAAGAACUUCUUCGAGGCUCUGACCAGCGAAGCUCUUCUCCUUCCACUGGGAGCCCAUACACAGAGGACCAAAUGCCCUUGGAAAAUAUUUUUUCUCUGCCUUUAAUGCCGCCGCAUGGUAUCUUGAGAGAGUUCUUCUUUACCAAGAGUGAACCAGUGGCGCUAGAUACUGAAACAGGACAGCCUUUUUAAAAUAAAUCCUAUUGUAUAUAUAA